AUGAAGGAAGAAAUGGGCGCAAGAAUGGAAAAAAUGGAUGCAAGAGGCGAACAAAUCAACGCGAAAAUGAAAAAAAUGAACGAAAAAAUGGACGAGAAAAUGGAGGCAAGAAACAAAGAAAUGGACGAAAAAAUGGAUGGAAGGAUGGAAAAGACGGACGAAAAAAUAGACAAGCAAAAACAUGCCAUAAUCACCAGCCUAAGUGAAAAAUUCCAAAUGGAAGUGGAAGCAAACCAAAAUGAAAUCACGGGAAUUAAAGAACAAAUGAAGGACAUACAAACAAAUUUGAAGGUUGUGGAAAAUUUUGUUGGAGAAAAUGUGGUCUUGAUGGAUGAAAAAGUAAAAGAGGAAAUUGAACACCAACUAAAGACUGAUUUCUUGGGAUUGUGUACGUACUACAGAAGGUUUGUCAACGGGUUUGCUGAUAUUGCUGCUCCUCUGCACAGGCUGAUGGAUUUGAAGUCUCAGUUUAAUUCGGCGGCUGAAUGUGAAGCCGCCUUUAAAAGAUUGAAGAACGCGCUAUGCUCUAGUCCUAUUCUGUCCUAUCCUCAAUCAUCGGGAAUGUUCAUCUUGGACACGGACGCGAGCAAUAUCGGAAUAGGUGCUGUAUUGUCACAGGUGCAGGACAAAGAAGAAAAAGUCAUCGAAUACUUCAGCGGCAUACUUUUGAAAACCGAGAACUACUGUGCUACGAGGAAGGAGUUGCUGGCGAUUGUCAGGGCUGUUGAACACUUCCAUAAGUAUCUCUAUGGACGCGAAUUCCUGAUUAGAACCGAUUACGCAGCCCUCAUAUGGCUCUUUCAGAUGAAGAAUCCCGAAAGACAAGAUGGCUUUAACGACUCCAACAGUAUCACUUCAAAAUUCGACACAGGACUGAACUGCAAACACUGCGACAAGAUCGAGCAACGUGAAACGUCAUUCAACUGUGGGAGGACUGCAGUCACCGAAGACGAAGAAUGGACUACAGCUCAGCUUAGAAAAGACCAAGAAGAGGACGUGGAUAUCAGACCGUUGCUCAAAUGGAAAGAAGUUGGGGCAGAACGGCCAGCUUGGUCGGAAAUAUCAAACGAGUCACCCUCUUUCAAGGCGUUAUGGGCUCAGUGGGACUCCCUGCGCAUCGAGAACUUUCCUUCGAUUCUCUCAAUCCUUCACAUCCUUCCAGCAUAUGCGCUAUUGUUUCUCCCUCCCUCCAACAUAUCCUACACCUUCUUAUUUUUCUUGCACGAUUUGAUUCAUAAAGGAAAUUGCUUAGUAGUACCACGAUCCUUAGAGAAAAAUAUGUUAGAUAUUAUUCAUCGCGACAUAGAAAAUAAAGUCAUGUCAUGUGAAGCUUGUCAGAAGUAUUGCAGGAAUAAUUUUAGGGAACCGUUAAUAUCGCCUACUGUUCCAAAAUUUCCAUGGCAGAAAAUAGGUUGCGAUUUAUACGAAUUAAGGAAAGAGAAAUUUAUUAUUUAUUACAGCUGA